AUGGCCGCCGUCAACGAGCCAUGCGUCGGCUCCGGCGGCAGAGCGGCAGGCGUGUGCAUCUCCACCACCAGCUGCAAGUCCGCCGGGGGCGUGAGUAUCUCCGGCGCGUGCCCCGCCGACGCCUCCAACAUCAAGUGCUGCACCAAGGCAUCCUGCGCCAACGGUAGCGCCGGUAACUGCCGGUGGCAGAGCGACUGCGGCGGCAAGUCGGUCUCGAACAAGUGCCCCGGCCCGUCCCAGAUGAAGUGCUGCUCUUCGGGGACCACGGGUUUCGGCGGAUACAAGGCACCCGCCUUCCCUGCCGUCGGCGCCUGCAAGUCGGUCGCCGUCAGCGGCGCGAAGAAGGUUGUCGCUGCUUGGAAGGGCCGCGUGAGGCAGAUCUACUGCACCAGGGACUGUGCCUGCCCAGGAACGUCGGACCACUGCUGUGGCAAGGCCAUUGACUUCAUGUGCUCGGAUGGCGGCGGUGUGCCUACCUCCUCCGGCCGUCAGAUCGCCGAGUGGGUGAUGAACAACCGCAGCACGCUCAAGCUCAAGUAUGUUAUUUGGGGCCAGCGCAUCUGGAACCCCUCGGUCGACGGCGUCAAGCCCUGGACCAAGUGGCGUGCCAUGGAGGACAGAGGCGACAUCACCCAGAACCACUGGAUAUUUCGGUCUCCCAGACUCUUCUCUCCAAUACAGCGACGCGCCGUUAGCAGCUUCCGAACCAUGGACUACGACACCAUCUUGCAGGGUAAAUACCCCGCCAAACAACACGCGAAGCGCGUUGUCGACUACAUCCGCACCAAAGUGCCUGAUGCGACGGGUGUCCUCUACCUCGAGAGUCGCAUGACCAAGCUCCUCGAAGACAAUGACGAGCCCGAGCCAUUCCGCCAGCGUCGCUUCUUCUACUACUUGACCGGCUGCCCCCUCGCCGACUCGUUCGUGGUCCACGACAUGGACUCGGCCAAGACGAUACUCUUCAUCCCCCCCAUCAACCCCGAGAGCGUCAUCUGGUCUGGCCUGCCCGUAUCCGCCGAGGAGGCCCUGCAGAAAUACGACGUCGACGAGAUCAAGUACACGACUGACAUCAACGCCGAGCUAGCCCAUGCUGGCGCUCAAAAGAGCAAGUCGACUGUCUUCGCCAUCCCGGGCCAGGUCUCGGAGCACGUCACCUUCCUCGGAUUCGACAACAAGAACUUUGCCGUGCUGAAGGAGGCUAUCGAGGUCUCCCGGGUGGUCAAGGACGAGUUCGAGCUCGCCAUGAUGGCCAAGGCCAACGCUGUCAGCGCCGACGCCCACUUGGCCGUCAUGAAGAAGGUCAAGCACGCCAAAAACGAACGUGAACUCGAAGCCGAGUUCAUCGCCUCGUCCAUCGCCGCCGGCGCGCCCAACCAGUCGUACCACGGCAUCUUUGCCGCUGGCAGAGCCGCCGCCACGCUCCACUACGUGCACAACAACGCCCCUCUGGCUGGCAAGCUAAACCUGCUACUCGAUGGUGGCGCGGAGUGGGACUGCUACGCCUCGGAUAUCACCCGGACGUUCCCUAUCAACGGCAAGUUCACCAAGGAGAGCAGGGCGAUUUACGAUAUUGUGCUCAAGAUGCAGCUGGAAAGCAUUGCGGCACUAAAGGAAGACGUUUUGUGGGAUGACGUGCAUCUGCUGGCCCACAAGAUCGCCAUCGACGGGUUGCUGGAACUGGGCAUCCUGAAGGGCGACAAGGAGGAGAUCCUGGCCAGCCGGACGAGCGUAGCCUUCUUCCCCCAUGGUCUGGGACACUACCUCGGAAUGGACACCCACGACACCGGAGGUAACCCCAACUACGCCGACGAGGACACCCUGUUCCGGUACCUCCGCGUCAGGGGGAAGGUGCCGGUAGGCAGUGUGGUGACGGUUGAGCCGGGCAUUUACUUCUGCAGCUUCAUCAUCGAACCGUACCUGAAGAAUCCGAAGCAUUCCAAGUACAUUGACGCCGAGGUUCUCGAGAACAUUGAGGACAACCUCGUCAUUACCAAGGGUGGGGCUGAGAACCUGACCACUACCCUCAAAGAUCCGGAUGAGAUGGAGAGAAUCAUCUCCAGCAGCUAA